AACCUUUGCUCGCUCUUAGACAUGGCGGUACCAGGCGUCCAGCUGAGGUAGUUGAGCGGGGUGCUCGAGCUGGGGCGUGUGGUUUUACCAACGCUUAGAGGUCCUUCGCCCUGUCCCCCGCGGCCGCCCUUGCUGAUGGAGCAGAGCUCCCACACCUCGGGCUAACGGAGCACCAUGUUCCCCUGCCACACGUCCUCCUGGUCCUCCACCCAGCAUCCGGUGCCCUGCGGCCCCAGCCAGCCCCCUCCACCAGCCCAGCAGACCCAGACUCAGCCCCUGCCUGACCUGCUGUGCAGCUGCCCGGCGCCCGCCCUGACCGCCGUGCUCCCCGCGUGCCCUCCGGCCAACUCCGACCCCAUGGAGUCCCUGAUCGUCAUCACGGAGUACGAGCCCACCUGCCGGACCCCCAGCGGGGACGAGGAGGUGGAGGACAUGGACAGUUCCGAGACCCCCGACCCCGCCCGGCCGCUGCUGGCCCCUGAAUCCUGCGACCUCCUGCUGUCCCACAGCGUGGGGGGGGCGCUGCUGGCUGCACCCCCCAGGGGACGGCUCAACAUGUCGGACAGGAAGCUGUCCCUCCAGGAGCGCUCGCCGACCGCCACCUCCCCCUGCGGCUCCCCGGGCCUCGACGGACGCUACAUCUACCCCUCGCUGCCCUACUCCCCCGUCACCUCCCCCCACUCCUCCCCACGGCUCCCCCGCCGGCCCACCGUGGAGUCCCACCGCGUCUCCAUCACAGACCUCCAGGACUGUGUUCAACUCAACCAGUACAAGCUGAAAGACGAGAUCGGAAAGGGUUCCUAUGGUGUUGUCAAGCUGGCCUACAAUGAAGAUGACAACACGUACUAUGCGAUGAAAGUGCUGUCCAAGAAGAAGCUGAUGAGACAGGCGGGGUUCCCACGAAGACCUCCGCCGCGAGGAGCUAAAAUCCCAGAGGGCAUGCCUCAACCCAAAGGACCCCUGGAAAGGGUAUACCAGGAGAUUGCCAUCCUUAAAAAGCUGGACCAUCCCAACGUGGUUAAGCUUGUUGAGGUUUUGGAUGACCCUAGUGAGGACCAUCUGUACAUGGUGUUUGAGCUGGUGAAGAAAGGGGCUGUGAUGGAAGUUCCGGCUGAAAAGCCUUUCAACGAGGACCAAGCCCGCUUCUACUUCAAGGACCUUCUCAGGGGAAUGGAGUUCUUGCAUUACCAGAAGAUCAUCCACCGAGACAUCAAGCCGUCCAACCUGCUGGUGGGGGAGGAUGGCCACAUCAAGAUCGCUGACUUCGGGGUCAGUAACCAGUUCGAGGGGGCUGAUGCUCUGCUGACAAGCACGGUUGGGACGCCCGCCUUCCUCGCCCCUGAGACCCUAUCGGAGACCAGGAAGAACUUCUCUGGCAAGGCGCUGGACAUCUGGGCCAUGGGAGUGACUCUUUAUUGUUUCCUCUUUGGAGUGUGUCCAUUCAUGGAUGAGCGCAUCCUGAGUCUUCACCAGAAGAUAAAGAGCCAGCCGGUGGAGCUGCCACCGCACGCGGAGAUAUCGGAGGACGUGAAGGACCUCCUCCUGAAGAUGCUGGACAAGAACCCAGAGUCCAGGAUCUCCGUCCCCCAGAUCAAGGUGCACCCGUGGGUGACCAGGCAGGGCGCAGAGCCACUGCCGCUGGACGACGACCACUGCUGCCUGCUGAUCGAGGUGACGGAGGAGGAGGUGGAGAACUCGGUGAAGCACAUCCCCAGUCUGGCCACGGUGAUACUGGUGCGGACCAUGCUGAGGAAGCGGUCCUUCGGGAACCCCUUCGACUGGGGCCGCAGGGAGGACCGCGGGAGCCAGAACGCCCCGGCCCCCUGCUGUCACUACAGCACCACCAAGCACCCCUUUUUACUUCACGCUCACCAACCCACGGAACGGCUCCUCUUCGGGCUGGAGAACGCCAUCUGA